AUGGUACUUUCAACAAACGAAGAGUUCCUUUCGCAGCUUACCCUGUUAGCACAAUCAGCCCGAAAAGACUCCUCAUUCACAGUAACAAUCAAGCGAUAUGAUGGACAUGAUCGACCAAAACCCCGGGAAGGCAAACCACCGCUACCGACACCUGCCGAGUACAGCUGCCUGAUCCGGGCACGGUCCCGCUCAAAGAAGCUCACGACCGUAGUGAAGCGGGACGAGGUGGCCAAGUUUAUGGAAUCAUACGCCAAGGUGCUCAAAUCCAGCAUGGACGGUUUGAAAAAAGUCAAGAAGGUGAAAAACAAAGCCAAGGCGGCCCAGGGAUAG